AUGGAAGAGGUGCAAAUACUACCCAGUGGAAUCAGUACCGCAGGCGCAGCACCCGUGGCCAUCCUGCCAGGUACCGGUUCCGUACCGUUUGGUACUUUCAGCUACAUUCUUUGUCUGUGUCAUGAAUCGAAGCCCAUUGAGACCACCAUUGAUAAUGUACCGUGCUGCACCUUCAACGUUAUGCCCGGUACCGGACCUGACACUCUUCUCUUACCAUUGUUCGGAGAACCGAGAACAAGAAGUAUUUUGGUCACCAUGGAAGUUGAUAAAUUUAGCAACAUUGAUGUCAACCAGUCAAACCCGACCAGAUCCGAUCCAAACUAUGGUGUCAGUACAUUCUGUCAUUCACACCAAGAGGUCGAGCUUAAGACUGUGACGGUGAACUUUGUUGUCUGUGUCGCUGUAGACUACCUGGUACUGUGCCUAGUAAGCAACCCUCGAACCUUUCUCGGCGAACAACGGUUCGCGUCGUAUAGUACACCAGUCAGACUCAGAUUCGAACUAUGA